ACGUCUCAGAACAUAUGUUUUCAUUCCGGGGACCAUGGCGGACUUCGGAGAGAUCCUGAGGGCCAUUGGAGACUUUGGUUUAUUUCAGAAGACUAUACUUAUAGCCAUAUGGAUCCCCUGCUUUUUACUAUCAUUGACCUUCGCGAGCAUCCUCUUUGUGGAAUCAGACCCGGAGCGCCACUGUAACACGGACUGGAUCCUGGGGGCCGGUCCCAACCUGACAGAAGAGGAGCAGCUGAACCUGACCGUUCCCCGGGAGCCAGACGGCUCCCUCAGCCGGUGUCUGAUGUACGCUCCGGUGAACUGGACCCUGGACUCCAUCCGCCAGUAUGGCCUGAACCACACCACCGCCUGCCGGGACGGAUGGGUGUACGACCAGACCUUGUACCAGGCCACCAUAGUCACCGAUUUUGAUCUAGUUUGUGACGAGGCGAACAUGGUGGCGGUGGCCCAAACGGUGUUGAUGGCGGGCAUUCUUACUGGUUCACUACUGUUCGGACCUUUAGGAGAAUCGUUUGGCCGCAGACGGACCACUCAGAUUCCAGUGCUGUUCCUUUUUAUAUUCAUGCUCACAACUGGCCUUUGUCCCAACUACUACUUAUAUCUGGCCUCCCAGUUCGGGUUGGGCGUGGGGUAUGGGGGCUUCCGGAUCAACUGCAUCGUGCUGACGACCGAGUGGAUAGGGAUAACCAAGCGCUCCCUGGGCUCGUGUGGGAGCCAGUUCUUUGGGGCUUUCGGGCAGGCGUUUCUGGCGGUGCUCAUCUUCUUUAUCCGGGAUUGGAGGCUGGCUCAGUUUGUCAUGGCGGCGCCGAUGGGCCUGGUUGCUGUCUACAUAUGGUUUAUACCGGAGUCGGCCCGCUGGCUGCUGGACAGGGGGAGGACAGAGGAGGCCAAAGAGUUGAUCCUCAAAGCAGCAGCCAUCAACAGACGCACCGUUCCACAAUCCCUAUUCGAAAAGAUUGCAGUGAAUAAGACAGUGGAGAAAGGGGGCAUAAGGGUCCUCAUCAGAUCACCUGUGCUUCGAAAACGCUUCCUGAUCUUAACAUUACCAUGGUUUGCAUUGAACCUCUCCUAUUUCUGCCUCACGUUUAACGUGGGGAAGUUUGGGCUGGACAUCUUCCUGACCCAGCUGCUGUUCGGACUCACAGAGAUACCAGCUCAUCUGCUGUGCUUCUGGCUGUUGGAGCUCGCAGGCAGGAAGUUAUCCCUGAUGUCCACCGUUCUGGUGGGAGGUCUGCUGUGCCUCUGCAUCCUGGCUGUUCCCGCAGGAAAUGCCGUCGGUGUGACCGUGUUGGCUAUCAUGGGGCGGAUCCUGAUGAACUGGGCUGGGAGCGUAUGCAACGUUUACAUUCAGGAGCUGUUUCCCACAUCCUCGAGACAAACUGCAACUGGACUAGGGGGCAUCGCGACUAGAGUGGCAGGGCUGUUGGCUCCCCCACUCAACCUGCUGGCGGUGUACCACUACUCCAUACCCAUCGUAGUGUUCAGCAGUCUCACCCUGCUGGGUGGAUCCCUCGCCUUCCUGCUCCCAGAGACCCAGGGGAGAGAGCUGGUAGACUCCACCGCACAGGCUGAGGUCCAGAGAAAUAUUGCCGUAAUGAAGACAAGAGCUGAUCCAAACAUGCCUGAACAAACAGGCUCAAGAUCCACAAAGCUCUAGUUGAAAUACAACACGCAAGAAUGUCAUCUCAAUCAUGUUUGAAGUCAUUCUUUUCAGACGCUAAUAUGCAAAGCAACACACAGUGAAUUGAGGAAGCCUGUAAUAAGCGGGUCAGGGUUAGGGCAUCUUGCUUACAGGAAGGCUGCGGAGAUUAGAGGUCGCAGCACCGCUCAGCCUAGGAUUGAACACCAAUCAUUGGUGUUCAAUGAACCUUCCUUAUAGGUGAUAUCAGGUAAAAUGGGCCAUCAGGUAAAAUGGGCCAUUUAAGGUUUGGGGGUCCCAGCCCCUCUGGAAUUUAGGGCCAAUGACUGCAAAGGAUUUCAAACUGUUGCCGUAACUGUGCUUGACAAGUAAUGGGUGAUUUGAUUGGUUUAUAGUUGCUAUGGUGGGCAGGGCAAUACUUCAAAUCUAGACUGCACCAGAAAGGUGCAUGGUAAGUAGCCUGGCAUACCAAAUCUAACUCAACUAUUAUAAGGAUGAUACAUCUAAUAAAACGUACAUACACAUAAAAAAAACUAUGCAUAAUAUGUGUCUUGAUGGCAUCCAUCAGAAACAAUGCUGUUAGUUUGGUAUAUGAACAUAUUUUUGGGAAAAGAGAUGUUUAUCUUGGCGGCCCAAUUUACCUUAACCCACUGAGGUAAAAUGGGCCACUUGGUUCAGCUAAAAUGGGCCAUCCUCUGUGUCACUCACAUACACAUAUGUGUAUGACAUUUGGUUCAACUAAAACCUGUAUGUUGAAUGUCAUGUGAAAUUAGCGCAACUCAAAGUAGGCUAGCUUCCUAUGUAGUGAACUACUUUUGCUGUGUUUGUGUAACUUAGCUUGUUACAUAUGACUGGGUGGUAGCUUUUGUGUAGUGAUGCUUUAUUUUUUGGAAGAGUAGGCUAACUGAUAUCUUAGCUCAUGUAUGUAUACAAAUGUGUGUGUGUGUGUGUUUGUGUGUGUGUGUGUGUGUGUAUGUGUGUCUCUGUGUGUGUGUGUGUGUGUGUGUGUGUGUGUGUGUGUACGUACGUGCAUACACACACACCCAUGCACAGACACGCACCCACACUCGCACACCGACCAACACACGCACAGGUUGCACACACACGCACCCACACACAUGUGCACACAAACACACACACACUCACCAUGACCCCCCACCAAUAAUAAUGCUUGUAGAUAUUUUAUUUACAGUGAGUAUGGCAAACGAGAAGGAGGCGAGAGGAGACGAGAGAGGGAGAAGGAAAGAGAGAGGAAGUGAGAGGAGGAGGAAGGAUAAGAGAGGUAACAAGCAGAGGAGACCGAAAGGGAGAGAACAGGUGAGGAGAAAGGAGUGCAGAGGAAAUGAGAGGAGGAGCAAUCACCAGAGAGGAGAGGGAACAAAGAUAAAACAGGGAGGAGAAGGAAGGCCAAACUACAAUCUGUGGAAAGAGGAGAGGAUGAAGGGUGCCUCAGAAGAAUACAGGGAGGGAGUAAAGAAAGGAAUUAGAGUGAGUGUGCACCUCUUAUCAAGAGCAUGGAGUGUGCCGCGAUCCACACAGCAAUGACGCAUCAGUGGAAAGGUGACUGGCAGUGAACAUGUGUCAGGGCGGAAGCCCUACCAGAAUGGUAUCCGUGAUGACGAUGGUUUCAUUUGCAAAGAUUGUAUUUGAAAAAUGUUUCAUCACAGCUACCAUUCUCUUCACUUCUCUUUUACACCCACACACACACACACACACACACACACACACACACACACACACACACACACACACACACACACACACACACACACACACACACACACACACACACACACACACACACACACACACACACACCACUGACAUCAGUUCACUGAUCUGUGCUGUCCUUGUUGUUUUAAUGGCACUAUGAAUAUGUUUGUGUAAUGCAGUUUAAAUGUUAUGUGGCUAUAAGCAAUUGUGUUUUAAAAUUAAGUGAAGACAUUCCUCCAGUCAUAGACAACAGUGUAUGGCCUUUUGCCCUCUGGUUUAAUUAAAACAUGAAUGAAUUAAUUCAUGAAUUUGUCUGUCACAGACAGACACACACACACACACACACACACACACACACACACACACACACACACACACACACACACACACACACACACACACACACACACACACACACACACACACACACACACACACACACACACCACUGACAUCAGUUCACUUAUCUGUGCUGUUCUUGCUGUUUUAAUUGCACUAAGAAUUUGUCUGAAUACAGCUGAAUUUGUUAAAUGCAGUUUAAAUGUUAUGUGGCUGUAUAAGCAAUUGUUUUUUACAAUAAAAAUUGAUGAUAAUUUACUA